AAAGGAUUAAAACGGAACUCGAGAGUCGUUUGUUCAACGCCCGGCAGUCGAACAUCUAAUCCUUCACGAAAUUGACGUUUGAUUGCAUGACACCCACUCCCACUGUCACCUACGUGUCCAGCCAUGGAGAAGGUUAACUUUUCACCAGCCCGAUCCGUGCUCAUGCAUUAAACAAGAAGAGGAGCCAGUCAGAGGGACACACCAACCCAGAAGCAACUAACCCUCACAGCCCACACACACAUGACCGCGUCAGGAGCGGCUGACCGAACGUGACACAUGGCACUGUACUUUUAUGCCAGCAAGAUAUCCGCUAUCGCCUGCGGCAUGCGUUGCAAGCAGACCGAGCUGCAAAAAUCGCGCGGCCAGCGGGAUCGCGACAAAUGGCGCCAACGUCGGCGUCGUCGCUGCCGCCACCCCAGCAGUAGCAGCAGCUCCGACAGCGACGACUGCUGCCUGGAGAACGGGCCGGUUUCAUCUCUGGAGGCAAAAAAUGGUGGCGUUUUCUCUCUGGAUGCCGGCAAUCUGACAGCGGAGACAGCUUUCCUUGGCGUCGGCCCAGGGAACUUGGGCGUACGCUACAGGCGGCGACACAGCGCGGAGCAAUUGAGUGCAUAUGACUUGGAAAUGGGGUUUCAGCAAAUCGAGCAAGCCACAAAAUCGGUUGGGAACAACCGUGUGGGUGUUGGUGACGAUGUGGUUCAGUACGAUGUACCCCAAAAUCCGCACAAACGCAGCCAAUGUGAUAUUAAUUUUGAGAGCUCGUUUUUGGGUUCCGGUGGCAUUAUGUACACAAAUGGUAGAAUAGUUUCUGGGCCAUUGGACUCUCUCAUCGAGGCACUCAUACCCAAGAAUGUAAUCGACUUAGAUAAGGAAUUUGUAUACUCGUUUUUACUAUCUUCACGCUUAUUUCUGCGUCCUUAUGAACUGCUGGGCAAACUAUUGGACUCAGUAUCUGAAAGCGAAUGUUUAGAAUCAUUAGUUGCCCUCUUGGCCGAGUGGACAAUGAAGUUCCCCUACGACUACCGAGAUGAGCGCAUGAUGAGCCAUGUCAAGCAUAUCGUUUCCAGGUGUUCCAAUUCGCAUUUGGAAGCCGUUGUCUCCCAGACACUGAGUGCCUUACUAAAACGUUUGACUGAUUUAGAGAGACAUGAGGCCGACCUCCGUGCUUGCCAGCAGACCAACAGCACUACCGACAAGAUCGUAGUCGAAACAACAUUCAACACUCCGACUGCCACGCAAUACGCACAAAUCGUCUGCCGGCUGGAGAAGAAAUUGGCCAAGAACAUUGGCGGCGAGGAAUUUUUGCAGUGCAGCAGCAUGAUUCUGUUGGAUAAACAGAAGAAAUGGGACCAACCAUCCACAUCGGGCGGACCACCAGGCGCACAGGAUCCAAAGAAGACAUGCAACCUGGAAACGUAUCUGGAUUGGUCGGCACGUCUGCGUCUGUUUGUUUGCAAUGAGAUACUGCAGUGUGAAGGCAUCGAGGACCGGAGUCGCACCGUUGAGCGCUGGAGUGGCGUGGCCCAGUAUUGUCUGCUUGUGGGCAACUAUAAUAGUGCAACAGCCAUUCUGGAAUCUCUGGAAUCACCCGCGAUAGCGAGGCUGCAAAUCUCGUGGAGCAAAUUGCAAGUGACGUGCCAACAAUUGGAUUGCAUGCAGCGACAUGCCGAGGGACAUGGUCAUUUGUGGCAGAAACAGGCAAUCGUCUUAAAUGAACAGGGCCAACCACAAAGUCUCAAGACAGAUAAGCAGGCUAAGGACAAGUCGUCGUCAUCAAUAGGAGGAGAAGGAGCAUCAACAGCAUCUGGAGGAGGAGCUACCACAUCAAUGGACUUAGAUGAGAGACCGUCGACAAGUACGACUGCUAGUGGGCGACCAGAUGGCCUAACAGGCACUUCCGGUAUGAAUUCAAUGUCGACACCGGAAACAGGGACAGUGCCUGCGGCUGACAACAGCAAUGCGGAGCAGCCACCAACAUCAUCCCCUGUCACACCAUUAACGGGAACGGCAUUGGGCAAACCCAAUGAUUGGGUUGUUAUUCCAGUGUUUGCGGAUAUUGUUAAAUUGGCAUUGGGCGAACGGGAGAACUGUUUGCAGCGCUUACAAAAUGGCCACAUCAAUAUGGCGGCCUUCGAUCGGAUGGCGGCCAUUGUCGGCGCGUUCACGAAGCACAUGCAGGCGAUGAAAGCGACCCAGGCGCCAUUCAGCGGGGAGUACGAGCACUUUGGGCGGCAUAUGCAGCAAACUACAAAACUCGGCGAAGCGGGCUUUCUUUAUCUUCUGUAUAUGAUGGACCUCUCGCCGUUAUCGCCGUAACUUGCUGCGGUACCCUCUACCGUAAGAUGCUAUUGUUGUUGUCGUACGAUGUUGGAAUCAGCCCUCUCUACUUAGCGAUGAU